AUUAUUAUUAUUAUUAUUAUUACUAUUAUUGUAUUAAACGAUUGGAAAUUAAAAUAAAAAAUCGUAUCGCGACUCGCGGUCAUCCGAUUCAACGUAAAUACACGGAAAUCGUAUAAACGUUUUUUUUUUUUUUUAUUUUGCUACUUUUCUGUUUUCCGUUUUACGGUUUCUCAUCAUCGUCGUCGUCGUCGUCGUCAUCAUCGUCGCUGUUGUAGAGUAACAAUAUCAUAACAGAAAACAAACAACGAUAUCGCUGGCCAGCGUGAAACAUGUACGUCCACUCGUCGCUUUGAAGGAUUAUGCCGAGUCGUCGUCGCGUGCCGCGUCUCCGCAACUACCACUGGCGUAGUGCUGCUGCAAAUUCGGUUACGAUUGUCGUCGGCCGUCAACGUUCGUCCGCGCGGUGGUGAUCGGUUCGCGGUCGUCGUCGUCGGCGGCGCUGCUCCUUGUGCGCGCGUGCUGUUAACCACAUUACAAUCGUCGCCGAUACAACGACGAUAACAGUAGGACACUCCGACCGGUAACGAUCACAGAGUGUCGACUUCGACUGGUACCUGUGUGUAUCUCGUCUCGUACGUGUGUGUACGCCGUAAGACGCACGCCGUCGUCGUUGUCGUUACGUGACGAUGUCGCGUUAUCGCCGGGCGACGUACGAUACCGCCUAAAAAGGGCAUAUGCCCGCCGCCGCCGUCGUCGUCGUAACGGCGCGCUUCACGUCGGUCAGCAGCCGUGCUUAGUAGUGGUGGUCGUCGUCGUCGUCAUUCACAGCAGCGGCCGCGACCACGGCCACGGGCGUUCGUGAGCCUUCUCCGGCCAGCACACUUCGGUGACCGGCACACUCGGACUAUAGUCUAGCCGAUCGUCGACAGCCCCCCCCCUGACCAUAUUCUCGACACCAAUUGCCAUUGUGACACUAUGCGUUUGCAUGGAUGGUGUUCUUGAAAACCGGCAACGCGUUGCCGGCUACCGAUUGAGACAUGGACGGCAGCAACGGAGCCAAGCAAGCGGACAGUUGGCAUAAGCACGAGCCGUUCAUGAUGGUCGAAAAACAGAAAAACAAGAACCAUGGACAAGGAUCUCAAGACAGUAACUUUGGUUUUGGCAGUGGUCCCUUAUAUGGAAGACUUGUUGCUGAAGACCAAUUACCAAUGGUUGGUGGUGUUGCUCCAGUGCACGCUGAUAUUCAUGCGAUGCAAGCAAGAAUACCACCUCAUUUUAGAGAUCCAUCAUCAGCUCCGCUGAGAAAGCUUUCAGUGGAUUUAAUCAAAACUUAUAAGUUUAUUAAUGAGGUCUACUAUGCUAAGAAAAAGAAAAGAGCUGGUGGCGGAGCAGUUGGGUUGAGUAGUCAACCUCAAAACAAUGGGGCCCCCGUUGAAGGUCCUGUAGCCAAUAAAAAAGAAAGAAGAGUAUAUAAUGAUGGUCACGAUGAUGACAAUCAUGAUUAUAUAAUUAGAAGUGGUGAAAAGUUUUUAGAUCGCUAUGAAAUCAUAUCCUUACUAGGCAAAGGAUCAUUUGGACAAGUUGUUAAAGCUCGUGACGAGGAAGAAGAUUGUUAUGUAGCGAUUAAAAUAAUAAAGAACAAAAAACCAUUCCUAAAUCAAGCUCAAAUUGAAGUAAGACUAUUAGAAAUGAUGAAUAGAGCUGAUGUUGACAACAAAUAUUAUAUUGUUAAACUCAAGCGUCAUUUUAUGUGGCGUAAUCAUCUGUGCCUGGUAUUUGAGUUAUUAUCAUAUAACUUGUAUGAUUUGAUUAGGAACACUAAUUUUAAAGGUGUUUCUUUAAAUCUUACACGCAAAUUUGCUGCUCAACUAUGCACGGCUCUUUUGUUCCUGUCCACGCCAGACCUGUCCAUCAUACAUUGUGAUCUAAAACCAGAAAACAUAUUGUUGUGCAAUCCUAAAAGAUCAGCUAUUAAAAUAGUAGAUUUUGGAUCAUCUUGUCAACUUGGCCAAAGAAUAUAUCAAUAUAUUCAAUCUCGAUUUUAUCGUUCACCAGAAGUUUUACUUGGUAUACCAUAUGAUCUGGCUAUUGACAUGUGGAGUUUAGGAUGCAUAUUAGUAGAAAUGCAUACAGGUGAACCGUUAUUUAGCGGAACGAAUGAAGUAGAUCAGAUGAAUAAAAUUAUCGAAGUUCUUGGCAUGCCACCUAAACAUAUACUUGAUCAGGCACAGAAAGCUCACAAAUAUUUUGAUAAAAUGCCUGGUGUCGAUUCGUACACUUUAAAAAAACCUAAAGAUGCCAAAAAGUAUAGAAAUCCAGGUGGUCGACGAUUACAUGAUAUAUUAGGUGUCGAAACAGGAGGUCCAUACGCUAGGCGUUUAGGUGAACCAGGACAUUCAGUGUCUGACUAUCUUAAAUUUAAAGAUCUUAUUGUACGAAUGCUGGAUUAUGAUCCAAAAACUCGAAUUACACCAUAUUAUGCUUUACAACACAACUUCUUCAAGCGAACUUCUGAAGAGGGCACUAAUACAGCUAGUGGUAUCGCUCAAGCUGGACUACAUAGCUUAGGUGCUAGUCCACCAUUUAAUAGUUUACCUAGUAGUAAUCCAGGAGAUACUAAUGUGCAAUCAUCUGCAAUAAGAUUGCGAUCAGACCAGUGCCGAGGUAGAACUACAAUGGAUUGUGAUCCUCCACCGAUCGCUUCAAUGUACCACGGUUAUCAAACGGCACCAAUGGCUAGACACAAUCUGCCUCAUCAUGCUACAGUUUACCCAAUGAACCCAGCAUCCGCUGUCGGUGCAUUGGUUCACUGUCGACCCACCUCUUUGCCGUUCCUACAUCCACAACAUCACCCAUAUCAACCAAUACAAUCACAACCUCCACGCUCAUUGCAUUCAUUGCAUAAUCACCCACCACCACCACCAGUACAACAACCUGUUGCACGGGUGCCAACUUCCCAUUCCAAUCGAACGAAACAAGAACAAGAUGACAUGAUUGGGGUAUGUAUAGGUCAAAGUCCUGUGGCAAUAAACAUAACAUGAUCAAAUGGUAUAAAAUGUUAAAGAGAUGAUUUAUACUUGUUUUCAAUGUAAAAAUCGAAUAACUGUGAUUAAUUCAAAGGGAAAGAAUAUAAUUCUUAAAUUCAAUUCAGGUGAUAGUAGAUAUCUGUGCUGAAUAGUGUCAGAAAUUCAAUGAUAUUGUUUCCGUUGACAUUGUUUUUAUUUUGUUUUUUUUUUCUAAACAAAAUCUUUGUAGAA